UGAAAGUUUAGGUGUGGAUUCUGGUCGUAGGGAGGACUCUCACACCCCGAGUGUUGAAUAGACCACGUCCCCUCAUUUCCGGCAAAGGAGUGUCUGAGGCUGCAGCUGACAUAAGUUUUACAUUUUAUUAAAGUUAAUGUUUUUAAGGCGGUUGAUAUGAGCAUUAACACCUUCAGAAGUUGAAGAAGAAACUGUAGAGUAACGUUCCAUUGGAGCCAAAUGGGACAGGCACAGUGGAGGAGGGAGAGAACAGAGUGCUGGCAAAAUUCAAUUUGCCAGGUUUUACUUCCUUGAUGCUGAGAUUCUGCAGGAGUGGAUGUGGAUUUGAACAUCUUUGAUGAGCUUUUGAAGUCAGUCUUUUAAUGUGUCUUUUAAUGCCUACACUGAAGAAUGCAAUGACAAUAGUGUUGAAGAGUCUGCUUUAGAGGGCUCAUCCCUUUCUGACUGGUCAACCUCAGGUGCAUCUCAUGGAUCAUCAUCUAGCUCGGACUCAAUACUACUAAUACUAGAAUCUACCAAAGCUAGAAAAAAACGACUGAUUGAAGGACCCCCUGGCAGCAACAGUGCUAGAAAUAUCGACCAAGACUUCACUAUGCUCUUUGGUGAGGAAGUGUCAGGUAAAUUCCUCGCAAAAUGGCCAACAUUCUUCAAACUGCGGAUCAUUGCAGAGUGUAAAAACCUUCCUCUAAGUGUGCAUCUGGAUGAGCUUCUUUUGUCUGACCAACAGGAAUCUGAUGAUGGUGUAUGGGAUUGUGAGGUGGCCGCCAUCUUUUUGCUGCUUUACCUGUUGCCUCCAACAUCCAAAGGCAAGAAGUCUGCGAAGAUUAGCGCAAAGGAAGCUGCUGACCGCCUGAUGAAGUGAUGAGAAGCAUGGACACCUUCCUCAAGGAAACUGGCCCUGCUCAGCCCUUUCUCCUGUGUGUUGGAGAAAGAAAAAACAGCAUCCAGAACUUUUACAUCAUCCUGGACCAAAAGGCCAUUCCAUGUAACGCCGCCUUCACACUGGCAGCUGAAAUCGGCUCCGAUAUGGCUUUGAAACGACUGGAAGUCAUUCAUUUCCUAUGGAGAUUCGCAGACCGCAUCACCAAACAUCAAAGUGGGUGCUGGCCUUUGAGAUCUUCAUCCCACUGGUCCUCUUCUUCAUCCUCUUGGGUCUGAGGCAGAAGAAGCCAGCGAUUCCUGUCAAGGAAGCCUUUUACAGCGCAGCCCCACUCACCUCGGCUGGCAUUAUUCCCAUCAUGCAGUCGCUAUGCCCAGAUGGACAAAGGGAUGAAUUUGGUUUCCUUCAGUACAAGAACUCCACUGUGACCCAGCUGCUGGAGCGGAUCAGUGAAGUGGUUGAACAGAAUCGCCUCUUCACGUCUGACCGGCCUGGUUUGGGUCAUGAGCUUGAGACCCUGCAGCAGCACCUAGAGAGUCUCAGCUCAACCCAUUUACCACCGGACUACAACACCAGCUUUACGCUGGCCAGUGUCUUGAAGAACCAGUCGGUUUUCCAGCAGUUCCUGGUUAAGAACCUUUCCCUGUCCAACUCCACAACCAGCCUGUUGCUCAACACUCCAGUCAACCUCAGAGAGGUGUACAGUCUUAUCUUUGUUUCAUCUCUCAGAGAUGGAGGAGGGACCCAAAGUUGGAUUCAGGGGGCAAAAGGCACCAGAAAAAAACCUGGAGACAGUGUUCAUCUGGAGGGGGCCCUCCUGACUGGAACUCUGCUGGAGAUCCUCACCUGUGGGCAGGGCAGGGCCAAUAAGCUCAGUAAGAUCCUGUUGGUGCCUGAGAAGCAGGGACCAUUGCUGCAGGCCUAUCGCAGCACAGUGUGCAGCGGAGGGGAGGGUCAAAGGUCAGAGCGCUUCAGGCUGAUGAGCCUCGAACUGAGAGAACAGAUCAACACACAGAGUGUCACUGAGAAGCUUCACCUGGAACAGCCCAACUCUGUGGUUUCGCUCUCUCAGUCCAACCUCUGGGCCCUAUUGAAAGACCUGGCUGAUGUAGAGAGGCUCCUCAAAGAUGUGGACCUGCUCUCUGGCCUGGCCCGCCUGCUGCCCAAAGGAGCCUGUACUGGUCGAACUCCAGCCUUCCACACAAACAUAACCUGGCCCCUUAACAACACCACCUGGGGCCCUAACAUGACUGACAUCCCUGGAGAGAAAGGGGAGGAAGGAGCAGAGCGAGGUGGAGGAGCAGGAGAAGGGAAAGAGAAGGAGGAAGCAGAGAACCCUCACUCUCAGUUUUCAGCAUUUGUACAACUGUGGGCCGGACUGCAGCCGAUUCUGUGUGGGCACAACAGGAUCAUUGAGCCAGAGGCUUUGAAGCAGGGGAAUAUGAGUUCGCUGGGAUUCACCAACAAAGAACAGAGGAAUCUGGGCCUACUGGUUCACUUGAUGACAAAAAAUCCCAAGAUCCUCUACUCCCCCAUUGGAUCCCAGGUUGAUAAAGUGAUUCAGAAGGCAAAUGAGACAUUUGCAUUCGUCGGUAACGUGACACACUACACCCAGGUGUGGCUCAACAUCUCCGCCCAGCUCAGGGCUUUUCUGGAGGCCGGCCAGCUGCACAACCACCUGGUGUGGCUACAGCAGCUGUCCUCAGAGCUUCAGCAGCACCCUGAGUUGUUGAAUGACUCCGACAGCGAGCUGAUGCAGGGCCUGAUGGAGGGAAACUACAGUCUUCCUAACAUCUCCACCCUGCUGGAGCAGCUUGACACCAUUGACAACGCUGCCUGCGGCUGGAUGCGCUUCAUGUCUAAGGUCAGUGUGGAUGUCUUCAAGGGCUUUCCUGACGAGGACAGCAUUGUCAACUACACCCUAAACCAGGCCUACCAGGACAACGUGUCUGUGUUUGCCAGUGUGAUUUUCCAGACUAACAAAGAUGGCUCCCUGCCACCCCAUGUUCUGUAUAAAAUUAGACAAAACUCCAGCUUUACAGAGAAGACCAAUGAAAUCAGACGAGCCUACUGGCGUCCUGGGCCCAACAUCGGGGGGAAAUUCUACUUCCUCUAUGGUUUUGUUUGGAUCCAAGAUAUGAUAGAGAGAGCCAUCAUCAACACGUUUGUAGGCCAUGAUGUGGUGGAGCCUGGUAACUACGUUCAGAUGUUCCCCUACCCAUGUUACACCAGAGAUGAUUUUCUGUUUGUGAUCGAGCACAUGAUGCCUCUGUGCAUGGUCAUCUCCUGGGUUUACUCAGUAGCCAUGAUGAUUCAGCACAUUGUCGCUGAGAAGGAGCAACGGCUCAAAGAGGUGAUGAAGAUGAUGGGUCUAAACAAUGCUGUUCACUGGGUGGCUUGGUUUAUCACUGGCUUCGUCCAGCUGUCCAUCUCCGUUACAGCUCUGACGGCCAUCUUGAAGUAUGGCCGGGUGUUGCUCCACAGUGACCCCUUCAUUAUCUGGCUCUUCCUCACCAUCUACGCUGUGGCCACCAUCAUGUUCUGUUUUUUGGUGUCAGUAAUCUACUCUAAGGCCAAGCUGGCUUCAGCCUGUGGAGGAAUCGUCUAUUUCCUAAGCUACGUGCCCUACAUGUAUGUGGCCAUUAGAGAGGAGGUGGCCCAUGAUAAGAUCACUGCCUUUGAGAAGUGCAUCGCUUCUCUGAUGUCAACCACAGCCUUUGGUCUGGGCUCCAAGUAUUUUGCAUUGUAUGAGGUAGCAGGUGUUGGCAUCCAGUGGCGGACCAUCAGCCAGUCACCGGUAGAAGGCGAUGACUUUAACCUGGGUCUAUCCAUGAUGAUGCUCAUCAUCGAUGCCGGUGUGUAUGGUGUGCUCACUUGGUACAUAGAGGCUGUGCAUCCAGGAAUGUAUGGGCUGCCCCGCCCAUGGUACUUCCCCCUGCAGAGGUCCUAUUGGUCAGGCAGUGGACGUGUCGAGACCUGGGAUUGGCCAUGGUGUGGAGGCGGGGCUGCCAAGCUCAGUGUGAUGGAGGAGGAUCAGGCUUGUGCAAUGGACCAGCGGAGAUCUGAGGAGAUGCGGGGCAUGGAGGAGGAGCCAAGCCACUUGUCGUUGGUGGUCUGUAUAGACAAACUGACCAAGGUGUACAAGACUGGCAGCAAACUGGCCCUCAACAAACUAAGCCUCAACCUCCAUGAAAACCAGGUAGUCUCCUUCCUGGGACACAACGGCGCUGGCAAGACCACGACCAUGUCCAUCCUGACAGGCUUGUUCCCGCCGACCUCUGGCUCUGCCACCAUAUAUGGUCAUGACAUCCGCACAGAGAUGGAGCGGAUUCGUCAGAACCUGGGCAUGUGUCCACAGCACAAUGUCCUGUUUGACAAGCUGAGUGUGGAGGAGCACCUGUGGUUCUACUCCAGACUUAAAGGCAUGGCUGAAGAAGACUUACGCAAGGAAAUGGACAAGAUGAUUCUUGACCUGGAGUUAACCCACAAGCGCCACAGUUUGGUGCAGACUCUGUCCGGCGGGAUGAAAAGGAAGCUGUCCGUGGCCAUCGCCUUCAUUGGCGGCUCCAGAGCUGUCAUCCUGGAUGAACCCACAGCAGGGGUGGACCCCUACGCUCGCAGGGCCAUCUGGGACCUUAUCCUCAAGUACAAACAGGGCCGUACAAUUCUGCUGUCCACCCACCAUAUGGAUGAAGCAGACCUUCUGGGAGAUCGCAUUGCUAUCAUCUCACAUGGGAAACUCAAGUGCUGUGGCUCGCCGCUCUUCCUGAAGAGCACCUACGGAGACGGAUACAAACUGACACUUGUCAAAAAGCAGAGUGAAGGCAGAGGACAGGGUAGCCAGCUGCAGCCUCCUUCGUCUCUGUCUCUAUCCUCCUCUCUGUCACCUUGCUCAGAAGCUCGCGUCACCCAGUUUAUUUGCCAGUUUGUGGCGUCCUGUCUGCUGGUGUCCGAUUCUAACACUGAGCUGUCCUACGUCCUGCCCUCCGAGGCCGUCAAGAAGGGCUGCUUCGAGAGGCUGUUCCAGGCUUUAGAGGAGAGCUUGGACAGCCUGGCCCUUACCAGCUUCGGAGUGAUGGACACUACCCUAGAGGAGGUUUUUCUCAAAGUGUCUGAGGAGGACCAGUCACUGGAGAACAGUGAUUCUGAUGCGGACAUGAAGGUUUCCCCAGGGGGCAGCUCACUGGGGAAAUCCUCAGUGGCUUCAGGAGACCUGGGGGUGCCACAGAGUGGACCUUCAGUAGAGAGUGAGAAGCCGGAAGUGGAGCUGAGUAAUCUGCUGAUGUGCUCCAGGCUUAGUCAGAGUCAGUCCUCCCUGAAAUCUUCCUCGUCCAUCGGCUCAGUGAGAGGGGAUGAAGGGGGACUCUACGCCGACUUCUAUGGAGAUUAUUGUCCACUCUUUGACAAUGGCCAAGAGUCUGACUCAGCCAGCAUGAGGGUGGAUGCAGAGAACCCCUCGUCCCCAGAGCCAGAGGUACUGGAAGGGCAGGGCAGCUUCAAGUUGGAGGGUUGGUGGUUAAAGCUAGGUCAGUUUCAUGGCCUCAUCAUCAAGAGGUUCCACUGUGCCAAGAGGAACACUAAGGGCCUCUUCUCUCAGAUCCUCCUGCCUGCCUUCUUCGUCUGUGUGGCCAUGACUGUGGCCUUAUCUGUGCCUGAGAUUGGAGAUUUGCCACCCCUGAUCUUGUCCCCAUCUCAGUAUCAUAACUAUACGCAACCUAGAGGCAACUUCAUUCCUUAUGCCAACGAAGACAGACCCCAGUACAGGAGCAAGCUGUCACCAGAUGCCAACCCACAAAAGAUCAUCAACACCCUCCGUCUGCCCUCGGGCGUGGGUGCUACCUGCGUCCUUAAAACCCCCUUCAACAGCACCCUGGACCAACUGGCUCAGACCCUUAACCCCAGUGCCAACAACUCCAAGACCCUGGCUGCCCGCUACUUUGACUCCAUGUGUCUGGACUCCUUCACUCAGGGGGUCCCCCUCUCGAACUUUGUACCCCCACCUCCUUCACCGGCACCUUCAGAUGACCCAGAUCCUCGCUUUGAGGAUGGACUGUGGAACUUCACAGUCGCCCCUCCAACAACAGUUAAUGAACCUGUGACAUCUUCUCCAACCCUCCCCCUGUCUAUCCAUGAGCCGGUGCGUUGUACCUGCUCCAUGCAGGGGACAGGCUUCUCUUGCCCCAGUGGGGUGGGAGGACGGCCCCCUCUCAUGAAGGUGGUGACAGGUGACAUCGUGGUGGACAUCACAGGCAGGAAUGUCUCUGAGUACCUGCUUUUCACAUCAGACAGGCUGCGCCUGCACAGAUAUGGUGGUUUAACAGUGGGGAACAUCCAGAAAUCAAUCCCAGCAUCCUUUGGGAGAAAGAUACCUACAAUCGUUCGCAAGAUAGCAGUUCGUAGAUUAGCUCAGGUUCUAUACAACAACAAAGGUUACCACAGCAUGCCGACUUAUCUGAAUGUCCUCAACAACGCCAUCCUACGUGCCAACCUGCCUGCAUCCAAGGGCAACCCUGCUGCCUAUGGCUUCACACUGACAAACCACCCAAUGAAUCGAACCAGUGCCAGCCUCUCUUUGGACUACCUGCUCCAGGGAACAGACGUGGUGAUUGCCAUCUUCAUUAUUGUAGCCAUGUCCUUUGUGCCAGCCAGCUUUGUGGUUUUCUUGGUUGCAGAGAAAUCCACGAAGGCCAAACACCUACAGUUUGUCAGCGGCUGUGACCCUGUCAUCUACUGGCUGGCUAAUUACAUAUGGGACAUGCUGAACUACCUGGUACCUGCCACAUGCUGUGUUAUUAUUCUGUUUGUGUUUGACCUGCCGGCCUACACCUCCCCAACUAACUUCCCUGCUGUCCUCUCGCUCUUUCUUCUCUACGGGUGGUCCAUCACUCCCAUCAUGUACCCAGCAUCCUUCUGGUUCGAGGUGCCCAGUACAGCCUAUGUGUUCCUCAUAGUCAUCAACCUCUUCAUAGGCAUCACUGCAACUGUUGCCACUUUCCUACUCCAGCUCUUUGAACAUGAUAAGGAUCUAAAAAAAGUCAACAGUUACCUGAAGUCCUGUUUCCUUAUCUUCCCCAACUACAACCUGGGCCAUGGCCUGAUGGAGAUGGCGUACAAUGAGUACAUCAAUGAAUACUACGCUAAAAUAGGCCAGUUUGACAAGAUGAAGUCUCCAUUUGAGUGGGACAUUGUGACCCGAGGACUAGUUGCCAUGACAAUCGAAGGCUUUGUUGGCUUUCUCAUUACCAUCCUCUGCCAGUACAACUUCCUCAGGAAACCCACGAGGGUGCCAGUCAGCUGCCAGCCUAUAGACGAUGAUGAUGUAGACGUGGCUUGUGAAAGACGAAGGGUGUUGCAAGGAGACGCUGACAACGACAUGCUGAAGAUCGAGAACCUUACAAAGGUGUAUAAAUGCAGGAAGAUGGGUCAUAUCCUGGCAGUGGACCGGCUGUGUCUUGGUGUCCGGCCUGGUGAGUGUUUCGGACUGCUAGGAGUAAAUGGAGCCGGAAAGACUACCACCUUCAAGAUGCUAACUGGAGAUGAGUGCACCACUGGAGGAGAGGCCUUCAUCGAUGGAAACAGUAUCCUGAAGGACCUUUUACGUGUGCAGCAGAGUAUCGGCUACUGUCCCCAGUUUGACGCUCUGUUUGAUGACCUGACAGCCAGGGAACAUCUGGAGCUUUAUACUCGCCUCCGUGGCAUUCCCUGGAAAGACCAGGAAAGGGUGGUGAAGUGGGCAUUAGAAAAACUGGAAUUGUCAAAGUAUGCAGACAAGCCUGCUGGAACUUACAGUGGAGGAAACAAACGCAAGCUUUCCACUGCCAUCGCUCUGAUUGGAUAUCCCUCACUCAUCUUCCUUGAUGAACCCACCACUGGCAUGGACCCAAAGGCCCGCAGAUUUCUCUGGAACUUAAUCCUGGACGUUAUAAAGACUGGACGCUCAGUAGUGCUGACAUCACACAGCAUGGAAGAGUGUGAGGCUUUGUGCACCAGAUUGGGCAUUAUGGUCAACGGCAGGUUUAAAUGUCUGGGCAGCAUCCAACAUCUCAAGAACAGGUUUGGGGAUGGCUACAUGAUCACAGUGAGGACCAAGAGCAGCUCGAAUCUGAAGGAGGUGGUUAGAUUCUUCAACAGAAACUUCCCCGAGGCCGUACUAAAGGAGCGUCACCACACCAAGGUCCAGUACCAGUUGAAGUCUGAGCGGAUCUCACUGGCUCAGGUCUUCAGUAAGAUGGAGCAGGUGGUGGAGGUGCUGGGCAUCGAGGACUACUCUGUCAGUCAGACCACUCUGGACAAUGUUUUUGUCAACUUUGCCAAGAAGCAGAGUGACAAUCUGGAGCAGCAGGAGACAACGUCCUCAGGUAGUGGACAGUCCCCCCUGCAGCGCAUCCUCAACCUGCUGAAGUCUCGGCCUGCCAACACAGAGCUCAAUGCUCUGAUCAGCGAGGCACCAGAGGAACUGGAGAGUGACGAUGAUGAAGGACUCAUCAGCUUCGAAGAGGAAAGGGUGCAGCUCUCCUUCAACACAGACACUCUCUGUUAAAAUGAGCCCCUUCAAAAGAGCAGAAGAGAACAGCUGAUUUAACCCUGAAGAGGAUCAAACCUCUCUGCACCAUGGAACAUAGGACCAGUAAUUCAGUAUUUCAGCCUCAAUUUUUUAUUCAGGAGGGACUGAGGUGGUUUAGGUCAGAUCAUACAGACAGAGGUGAUAACGUACAGAGUCCAGCUUGUAGGUAGAGGCAGGAGUGCUUGUAUUUGGAUUGAAGACUUUGUCCUGGAAUGUUUUCAUAUUUAUUUUUGUUGAGAAUGUAUCUUAUUAAAUGGAUGAUUAAUACAAUAGGUUAGCUACUUUUGUUAGUAAAUGAACAUAUCAUUGGUGAUAUGUUAAAAACCAAGUGUUUGACAGCAGGGGUUACUUUGAGUUGGUUGUACUCCCAACCAAAAGGCCUCAUGACACCAGAGUGGGCCAUUGUCACUGUACCAAAUUAGACCUGCCUUGAGAGCAUGCUGUGAUGAAGUUGAUACCCAUUGGUAACGCUGGUAAUACAGUCUAUUUUUCUCUGGCAAGAAAAAUAAUUUAUUUGGAUAUCAAAGCAGAUGAUGUGUGUGAUUUAUUUUGCAAUAACAGAGGAUUUAGUGAUACAUCUGGCAAGAUGUGGACAUGCAUGCUGUUGGCCUUUUCUUUUAACUUGAAGAGAAUGUACAUGGCACGUUAUUGUCUUGAUGGUGUCUCCCCUCUAUCAACUUGUUUGAAACUGUACAUUUGGUCUCUUUCUAUUAAAUACUCUCUUUUGUUCUUUUAACAUAUUAUUAUGUUGUGGACUCUGCCAAGAAGAUCCUCUACCGGACACAGUGUAUAAUAAUAAUAAUAAUAAUAAUAAUAAUAAUCUAAUAGUGUGAAACUGCAGUGAACUCUGCUUAUAUUCCCUGACAAUAACUGCACUACCAUCACUGUGAAGGGAACUCUCAGAUCAGAAUAAUCUAUUGACUACAAUACAUGUUUUAUUAUUUGCAGAUGUAUUUGUAAUGUGAUAGUUGAGUUGUAACCUGUCCUGUCAAAAAUAACUGUUUCAUUACUUCUUUCACAGCUAAUUGCAGUUAUAUUUUUGGUGACUAUUAUGGCACUGGUGGGGUGUUUACUGAUACUGUUAAUUGAAGGGGUUAUCAUUAAACACGGAAAACUGA